UGGCAGUUAGCACAAAUCUGGGUUUGAAUUUUGUGCAUCUAUCUGGUUUGAACUAGGGCAGCUGGUGUUGAGUUUUCUGAAUGGGACAGUGAAAGACUUAUAAAACAGUAGCUACUGCCUGUGAAUCCAGCAUUGUCCAGACUCAUUUCUGUCUCCCCUAGCUUUGUGACUAAGCCGUCUAUGGACACAGCUGAAAAUACGCCAGAAGUCAAUGACGAUGGGACAGAGCCACCAGACAUUAGGAACCAGGGCCUGCACAUGGAGACAAAUUCACUAGAAGAACUGGAUUAUCUGCAACCAGAACAUGUUACCAAUGAUGGUGAGAUCAACACGUGGGUGGAAAUGGAGCAGCCAAACUUCAGGACAGCCCGAGCAGCUGAGAUUGAGCUGGAGAAGAUGCGACUGGAUAUGGAGUUGAUUGUGCUGAAAUACCACUAUGAGGAAAAGGAAAAGCAGCGGCAGCACAAAGAGAAGAUGAAGCAAUUGUGUCUGCAAACACCAUCUGGACACCCUGCCGAAGGAUGCCAGGACCUUCUCAUGCCCCAAAACCAGUUUGCUUUGUUCCUGUAUUGCUUCAUCUUCAUACAUGUUAUCUACACAGCAAAGGAACUAUUGCUCUUCUUCGUUAAGAAGCAUCACCUAUUCAUCAUUGCAGUUACCCUGUUAUAUUUAAUUAAAAAGCUCUGGGACUAUUUGUGUGCUCUGUUCUUUCUCUGUAAGGUCUACAUUGGUUGAAGCCUCUGUCUGGUA